AUGCAUGAACUCAAGAAGCAGCUCAUGCAGAGUCAGCUGGAUAGCCUCCGUAUUUCCAUGGAGAAUCUUGCCCACAGUUUCGAUCGCGUUACUGCGGCUAUCAUCGCCAGGUCUUGUUUGGCUAUCCUAAAAAGCAUGAUAAGCCUUUCGUACAGCAGUGUGGCGCUAUUUAUUGACAAAUAUAAUGAAUAUAAGCUUCGGUACAGAUUCAAAGAGAUUCAGGAAUUUCAGGGAUUGACUCGCUCCUUCGCAGAUGAUGAGAAAGACGAUCAACCUGAUUUCAACCAAGACCGCAAGGAUAGUUUGCUGCUUUACGCAGCAAGCGUAAUGCCUGUCUCAUGGUAUCUUCGCAACCAUAAUGACCCUUCGGGGUUAUUUAUCGAUCAGGCUAAAACGAUAAGAAUGUGCUGUCUCGAUGAGCUAAAGCACCAGUACGGGAAUUCUUUGAUGAAGUCUUCCGAUGAUGAUGAUAUCGAGGCACCGUACGACAGGAUGUUGGAAGAGAUGGAAGAUUGGAGAAAGAAACGUCUUCGAGUGCCAGUCACCGACGACGUGGUUUCUGUGGCUCUGCGGACGUACAAAGACUGUCGGGACCUCGAGCUUCCAGUUCCACAAGGCCUGGCCAUACAUGCCUUGUCCCCCUUGGAUACUGGGGAAGAGUGGUCGGUUCAAGAGGUGGGGAUUUCAUCAGAACCAGACUCAUACCCCCCUGGGACAACAAUCGAGGCCAUCACGAUAACGCGCGAGCAGCUGCGAGCUCAUUACAAGGGAGCAGAGUUUAAGAAGGAGGUUCCCGCGACUCACCCUACACUCGAUAACCUGGACCUCGAUUUUGACAAGGAAAUCUGCAGUGAAUGCGGAAUUGUAGUCGCUUGGAGAUUUGUUGGAAGUGACGCUUGGAUGGACCGCUAUGGUCACCUUGUUCCGCAAGACCCCCUUCUCUGA